CCAACCACGACUAACAUACCCAACCAUUUCUUCAUUCAAUGCCAGUACUGUACUAGAAUCGCAUAACAUUUCAUAAUCCGGACAUUUUGUUCAUCUGCUGUACCUUUUGCAAAGGCGUGUUCGUUCAUAUUUAGCAAGCAUGUCGCUGUUGAACACUUUACGUUGCAGCGUGUAUUUAUGCAAGCAUGGAAUGUUAAGAUUAUCUGGUCUCAAAUAUGCAAGAAAUAGCGGAUAUAACCUAACAACGAAACCACGUUGCUCACACUAUUCCACGUUACCUAUUGACGAUGAAAUAUAUGGCUUAACUGAAGAUCAGUGCCAGCUGAGGCAAACAAUGACAAAGUUUUUCCAAGAGGAACUUGCACCAUAUGCUGAUGAUAUUGACAAAAACAAUGAUUUUCCACAACGAGCAGAGUUCUGGAAAAAACUCGGAGAUAUGGGAGUGCUUGGAGUUACUGCCCCAGUUGAAUAUGGAGGAACUGGCCUAGGAUAUCUAGAACAUGUUAUUGUUAUGGAAGAGAUGUCGAGAGUCUCAGCAUCUAUUGCACUAAGUUAUGGUGCUCAUUCAAACUUAUGCGUUAAUCAGCUUGUACGAAAUGGAAGCGAUGAGCAAAAAGCAAAAUACUUGCCAAAGCUAAUAAGUGGUGAACACUGUGGUGCACUCGCCAUGAGUGAGAGUGGUUCUGGUUCAGAUGUGGUUUCAAUGAAACUAAAAGCUGAGAGAGAUGGAGAUUCUUAUAUAUUGAAUGGAAAUAAAUUCUGGAUAACAAAUGGUCCAGACGCUGAUGUGUUGGUGGUUUAUGCAAAGACUGAUUUAUCUGUGAAGCCAUCUAAGGGAAUAACAGCUUUCAUCAUUGAAAAGGGAUAUGAAGGAUUUUCUACUGCUCAAAAAUUGGAUAAGUUAGGAAUGAGGGGUUCAAAUACAGCAGAACUUGUUUUUGACAACUGUAGGGUGCCAGAACAGAACAAAUUAGGUGGAAUCGGUCAGGGUGCUCGCGUGCUAAUGAGUGGUUUGGAUCUGGAAAGACUUGUACUGUCUGCAGGACCACUCGGGAUCAUGCAGGCAGUGAUGGAUAAUGCAAUUCCGUAUUUACACGAACGCAAACAAUUUGGAAAAAGAAUUGGCGAAUUUCAAUUGAUGCAAGGGAAGAUUGCCGAUAUGUACACAAGGCUGAGUGCAUGUAGAAGUUAUGUCUAUAGUGUAGCACGAGCAUGUGAUAAAGAUCAUUUUAGUAAUAAAGAUUGUGCUGGAGUAAUAUUAUACGCUGCUGAAGCAGCAACGCAAGUUGCAUUGGAUGGAAUCCAAUGUUUAGGUGGAAAUGGAUACAUAAACGAUUAUCCUAUGGGACGGUUUCUCAGAGAUGCAAAGCUUUAUGAAAUAGGAGCUGGUACAAGCGAAAUCAGACGACUCAUUAUUGGGAGAUCUUUUAAUGAUGCCUUCGACAAAUAGGAGGCACCAACUACUUACUAUACAAUGAAUGUUUAUGUAAAUUGUGAGGUAGCUUUAUCUAGAAAUUCUGGUAUGCGAGAGUCCCAUCACUGUCUGGUCAGCCAUCAUCAUAACAUUGACCUCAAAAUGAUUACUAUUGUUAAAUAAAAUAACUCUUAUUGUUAUUCUUUUCAUACUCGUUGCAAUCAGCGUGCCAAUGGUUUUGCCAACUUAACUGUGAGUAAACGUGUACAUGAGUUGGUUUUGAAAAUUGUCAAAUGGUUUCAGGUAUUCAAUUUGAUGACCUCUGAAAUAUGUAAUUAUUGUUCAAGUUAGACCUCAUCGACUCUUUCGCAUCUUCAUUGGCCACUGGCAUUUAUAAUUGUUCAACCGGAGCAAAACCUUGUUCGUUGCCAAUACUGGCAUUUAUGAUAGUUCAACUGAAGCAAAACCUUGUUUGUUGCCAUUGGUAUACUUCGUCCUAUCAUGGUUGAUAUGUUUUUAUAUAUAUUUUUGUCCUAAUAUAACCAAUAAUGUUUAGAUUGAAUCUGGUGUUAAUUUUCAACUAUAAUAUUUUUAGAAAAGUUUUCUCCUAUUUACAAAAUAUAGUAUAUAUAUAUAUGGA